CUGUUUGUGCUCUCUGUUAUUUCUACUACCUGAGUGUCUCAGUACACCUUCACCGUCACUGUCCCAUGUAAAGGAAUGCUUCAGGACAUGGCAGCAAGAAAACCUACAGGUGUACUUGUUCUUCAUGUUAUUUUCCUUUGUGGUUCUACACUCUGCAUGCCCACAGCCAAACUAUUAGACUAUGAUGUGGACGGAGGGCGGGACCUUGACAUCUUUGACAUCAACGAAGAGGCAGGGCUCAAUCUUGUGGAGGGAGAUAUCGUGCUCGAUGAGAAGCAAACUCGCAAUUCAAUAAUAGGGGAUGAGUACAGGUGGCCAAAGACGAUUCCAUACUACAUGGAGGAUGACUUAGAGAUCAAUGCGAAAGGUGUAAUACUGAAGGCCUUUGAGCAAUAUCGGCUCAAGACCUGCAUCGACUUCAAGCCUUGGAGUGGAGAGGCAAACUACAUAUCCAUCUUCAAAGGAAGCGGCUGUUUCUCCUCUGUGGGAAACCGGAAAGUGGGGAAGCAGAGAUUGUCCAUUGGGAGAAACUGCGACCGCAUCGCCACCAUUGAACAUGAGUUCCUUCAUGCUCUGGGUUUCUGGCACGAGCAGUCCAGAUCAGACCGUGAUGAUUACGUCAAAAUCAUGUGGGACCGCAUCUCUGAGGGUAAAGAACACAACUUUAACACCUACGAUGACACCACCUCUAGCUCUUUGGGUGUGCCCUACGAUUACGGAUCCAUGAUGCACUACAGCAAAAAUGCCUUCCGCAACGGCACUGAGCCAACCAUUGUCACCAAGAUCCCCGCUUUCAGCGACGUCAUUGGCCAGCGGAUGGAGUUCAGUGACAGCGACCUGCUCAAGCUGCACCGCCUCUAUAACUGCACACAGGGAUCCACCUUCCUGGACUCAUGUGACUUUGAACGUGAAAACAUCUGCGGCAUGAUCCAGGGUCAGGGGGAUGAGGCCGACUGGGUCAGGGUUGACAAAGCUGCAGGAGGGCCCGACACUGACUACUCCAACAUGGGCAAAUGCACAGGCUCGGGGUAUUUCAUGCACUUUAACACUGGCACGGCCAACAACGGGGACACGGCUCUGCUGGAGAGCAGGAUCCUUUACCCCAAAAGAGGAUACCAGUGUCUGCAGUUCUUCUAUUACAACAGCGCUGGCACCACUGACACUCUGAAGAUACAUGUCCGAGAGUAUGACAGUGAUAACCCCAACGGAAAACUGCGCUUAAUAAAGACCGUAGAUGGAUCCCCUCAGGAGCUGUGGCAGCUGCACCACGUAAGUUUAGAUGUCAAAAAGAAAUUCCGUGUUGUCUUUCAAGGGACCAAGGCAGGUCCCGGGCCCUCAGUAGGUGGACUUUCCCUGGAUGAUAUCAACCUCUCUGAGACCACCUGCCCAGAGUUUGUGUGGCGUGUGAAAAACUUCAGUCAUGUUAUGGACAGCACGCCAACAAACACACCUAUCUUCAGCCCCCCAUUCACCUCUAAGGAGGGUUACAGCUUCCAGAUGACGCUGUAUCCCAACGGGAUGGAUGGGUACCCCGGUGAGCUGUCAACAUACGCUCACCUGGUGUCCCGGGAAAGGGACACUGGGCAGAAAUGGCCGUGCCCCUGGAAACAGAUGACUAUGAUGCUUAUGGACCAGCACCCACACAUUCAAAAGCGCAUGUCUAACCAGCGCAGUGUCACAACUGACCCAAACAUGAAGCUGACAGGCUCUGACCUAUUUUUCUGGGACGACCCUCGCAAGGUGGGCACUGAGAUCACAGAUUCGGAUGGGUCCAAGUAUUUCAGAGGGCCAGGUGCUGGGACUGCAGUGUAUCUAACCCACCUCAGAGCAAAUAGCAGGGACUUUAUAAAGGGAGGAGAUGCCAUCUUUCUUCUCACUAUGGAGGAUGUGUCUCAUCUGACAGUGACCCAGCCUCUGCCUUCCGCAACCCCAACCCCUCCUUCAACAACCCCCCAUUCAACAACCCCCUCUGAAGUCUGCCUCAAUGUGGAGUGUCUAAAUGACGGAGUCUGUGUGGUGGAUGAGGGGAAGGCCGCUUGCAGGUGUGUGGUGGGUGAUGACUGGUGGUACUAUGGGGGCAGCUGUCAGCACAAAGGCUCCAACAAGGAUAAAACCACCCUGGCACUCGCCUCCUCUCUGUCCGUCCUCGGAGCGAUGCUGUUGAUUACGGCAGUCAGUGUCGUCUGUGUGAAGAAGAAGUAUAAGAAGCGAGGAAACGACAGCAGGGUCAUUAUGGAAAACGUGAUGACCAGUGAGAGGAUGUAGUGGGAGACUGACAUGUCCAAAUACAGCAUGAAGAAAAUACGUUGUUUUUCAGUGCAAUGUCUAUGAUUAAAUGUCAAUGUAAAGCAGGUUUUAAAGUAGUAACGCUUUAAACUCUUUAGUUCCAAGAUUCUGCCAUGACAAACUGUAGAUUGUAAUAUUAGAUGAGAUCGCCCCCUUCUGGUCAUUCUACAUAAAAACACUUCAGCAAUCCAGGAUUAUAGUAUGUAAAUAAACUCUUUCCAACUUCUAAAGUCUUACAUGAAUGUUUUAAUACCAAGUAAAGAAUGAUUAUUAAAAUCAGAUCCAAGA